AGCUGGAAGCCGAGCGGCACAGGCGCAUCGCUUCUUUGCUAAAAUUAUUGGAAAUAACCAGACUUCUACUCGUCUCAGCGCCUCCAGAUUAACCCUGGUCUGGUAUGGGCGACAAGAGGAGUCCCACAAGGCCGAAGCGUCAACCGAAGCCCUGCUCCGACGAGGGGUUUUGGGACUGCAGCGUAUGCACGUACAAGAACACGGCAGAGGCUUUUAAGUGCAUGAUGUGUGAUGUCAGGAAGGGGACGUCAACAAGGAAGCCUCGUCCCGUCUCCCAGCUCGUCUCGCAGCAGCAGGUAACGCAGCAGUUUGUGUUGCCCCCGCAGCCCAAGAAGGAGAAGAAGGAGCGAGUCGAGAGGGAGAAGAGCGACAGAGAGCCGGCGCUCAAGAAGAACAGUCACAAGAAGAUGAGGCCGAGGUUAAAAAACAUCGACCGGAGCAGCGCCCAGCACCUGGAGGUGACGGUUGGGGACCUGACAGUCAUCAUAACGGACUUUAAGGAGAAGGCCAAGCCCUCGUCCGCCCCGGCGACGUCGUCCAGCACCGUGUCCACGGCCGACCUCCACAGCCACAACGGCUCCAGCUCAGAGAACACAGAGAAGGGGCUCUCUCGCGCCUCCUCGCCCAGGGGGGAGGGGAGCUCUGUCAACGGAGAGUCCCACUGACUCACCCCGUCCGGUCCUCCCACGGCCUCCACCCACAUCCCAUCUGCAGGCCGACAGGUCACCGGUUGGAGCGUCCGGCCUCCUCUUCAGAGCUGCACAUUACUUUGUUUUUCUCGGAUAUUACAAUUUCAAAAAGGGGUCGUGGCCAAACAUCACAUUUAGCGAGUGUAAUAGGUUUAAACAUUCUCCGCAGCGCUGGAAUUCUGCGUUUAGAAAGCAGUACGAAAGACCUCUUUGCUCCAUGUUCAAGAGAAUUCUCACAUGGACACGUCGGCGUCAUUGGAAAGGAUCCCACAAGCUUUCCAAACCUCGCUCCUAGGACGUUUACCCAGACUGACGUUUUAUUCUGCCGAAGAACUUCCUCAGAACUGACCUGAGACAUGUCUGAAUAAAUGUUUGGACCAGCUUUAUGGUGCUGUGCGGUUUCCUUCAGGUGCACCUGCUUUUUCUCUUUUUGUAUAUUUUUCGUUCGAGCAAAUGUGCGCCCCCCCCCCAACCCAUGACAUCGCCUCCCGUGGCCCGGCAGAGUGACCUAUUCUUCCCCCCCACGUGGAGUCUUCAGCCUUUACCUCCUCGUUAUAAACCCCAAGCAUCCAUGACGCACUCUCGGUGUCCCGACACUGAACCUCACAGGCGACCUUUGCUCCUGCUCUGUUACUCCAAGCUUUCACUCGUGGACUGCCUCUGCUGUGGAGUGACUUUUCUUUCUUUUUGACACAGCAUAGCGGCUGUACGCCUACUGGCACCGUGUGGUGUUUUUGGGUAAUGUUCGGAGCGGGUUGAUUUGUUCAGGUAAUGCUUGUUAUGUACGUAUAAGGGCAUCUGGCAGGUUUUGAUUUUUUUUUUUUAAAGCCCUCUUUUAAAUGGUGCAGGACGGUAUAGUAUAUGAUAUUAAAGGAUAAUACCGGU